UCAGCAGGCAGGUGAGAGGUGGCACCAGUGCCAGCAGUGCUUCACUGUCUUGGAGCUGCUUUCUGUUCCCCUGUUUGGGCCAAGACUCCUUCCCAGUGCCCUCCAGGACCAUAAAUCAGCAGAACGAUGGGCAGUGGCUUCUGCUGCUGCUGCUGCUGCUGCUAUUUAUUGGGGAUGGAGCCCUCAAUCUACCUGGCAUUAUGAUAACCUGGGGGUCAGCUGCAACAUCUUCCACGAAGGACUCUGCAACUGUGGGAACUACAGAGUAUUCCUGCACAACUUCAGCUCCAUCCAACAGUGGGAGAGGCAACAGCCUUGCGGUUCCACCUAGCGCCUCAUCAACAACCGGGAGGACCCCACCAUCUGAGUACCAGCCGCAUACAACUCCAGCUGCUCCUCCAACUUCACCAGCAGCCAGCAGCUCUACUGGGUCCACCGAGCGGACAACCCCAAUACAUGAGACUCAGGAGGAGAGAUUCAGUACAGCUAUCACCACAACCUCUGAGGGCACAACACUGCCGAAUUCCAUGAUGACUUCUACACUGAAGAACCAGCGAGGGACAUCUGGAAGCACAGCCUCAUCCGGCAUGGCCACGUCAGCAAGCCCCUCAGAACAGAACCAGAGUGCUCCAGCUGCAGCCCCAUUUGCAGCGAGCUCCGUAGCCAGUGGACUGGAGUCAUCUGUGUCCACUGACUCUCCAAUGUCAGCCACGAUCACAGCUCCAAUGGCCUUAAACUCACCAGGCAAUGACGUUACAUCAUCAGGGCCCAUGACAACCACUGCCUCUGAGAAGUCAGCUACAGCGACACCCCCAGCAACACUGGACGCAAUCACUGAUGUGAAAGAAUCUUUACCUGUAACAACUAGUGCAGUUACUCACAGCACUUUGCUAACCAUGACCACCCUGGGGACAACUGAUCUUGGAACAAACAUGCCUGGGAUUCAGGAAGGGGUAAAUACAGCUGCACCCCCAACCCCAACAACAUCUCCCAUGAUGAGCACGUUGUCUGAAAGACAUCACAACACCAUCACACAAACACCUUCCCAUCCAGUGGAAUCAGCCCCCAGUGCUGGCACUGCAAUGGCCCAGUCGCCUGAGACAACAGCUGCUCAUUCAACAGCCCUUAUCCCCAGCUCCUCAGGGCCAACAAAAUCCUCUGCCAGGACUGGGGCCAGUCAAGCCUCCCCUAAACACACCGGGAGCAACAGUCCUGGAGCAGGGGUCUGUGCUCUGGAUGAAUACCUAGCUGACAAGGGAGUCUGUGUGUGCAAUAACAGCUACUACGCCCACUCAGAACUAUCCAGGGCGUUGGUGGCCCUGCAGUGCCAGCCACAGGAAAUUGAGGUGGUCCUGAGCAGCUGCUUUCUGAAGACUCGCCCUUGGAUGCUGGGGGAAGGCGCCUUUUCAGGAUGCUCCAGUGUCAGCAAGACAGAGGAGCGUCGCAGUGUCCAAGUCUUCACGAUGGAGAAGAAGGAGGGUACUUGUGGACUCUGCCUCUCUGUGAGCAAUCUGGGAGGGGCCCUCUGAUAGGAAGUUGGGCCAUACGUGUG